AUGACUCAAGACGUUCUCCCAACUUCACCUCAACCCACUGUCGAUAUCGACGAUGCAGUCUCCGCCACCGCCGUCGCAAACCCUACUCUGAACAACAACCCGCCCGAUCUUCACCUUGAAUUCUUCCUUUGGAAUUAUCCCGACUUCCCUAAACCUACCAUCAGGACCGAGUUGCCUCAAAACCUGGAGCGCAUCGAGAAGUCUGAACAGUUGGUCUACUGGUGCUCCUUGCUUUUACAGCGUAUGUCUUCUUCACCCAGCCUGGUCUGGGCUGAGCGGAAGUGGCUCGAAGGGGACUCUACGGAGCAGGAUCGACUGCGCUGGAUUGCUACCAGGAUGAUCGAGGAGUUUGUCCCGAACGUUGCCAGCAGGAGCUCCGUCGAGAUUGCUGAGGUUGUCUCCCUAGGUCCUAUUCUGGAGAAGGAGCCGUACCGCAAGUUGCUCUCGUCUAUAAUUGCAGCGUUUGAUGAUGCUCUUCUCCUGGACGUCACCCUACUCCAAGGUCUUGUCCAGUUGGUGCAGUCCAACUCCCCUGGGUACCUAGAAGCUGACGACCUUAUCAAGAUCCUCAGCAUCCUCAGGGUUCGUCUGCAGGGAACUCAUGGUCAGUCGUCAGAGUACUCCUACCAACUUGUUCUGGCCGUCUCCCGCGUCUUGGAUGUGAUGGCGGAGCAUGGGGUCAAGGGCUUGGACCAGGUUGUCGAGCAUGAGCCGCUUUCGGGGGUCUUGUCAACCUUGAAGGGAAGCUCGGACCCGUACAUGAUGUACCAGACCUGCUAUGCCUUCCAGGCUCUGCAGUAUGUCCCCGACAAUGAGACUCCUCUACAAGCAAUCCUUCGACACUCUACAGGAGUUGCCAAAGGCCUCAUCGACAUCACUGCCCUCACCAACCUGGACCUGGGCGCAAUUCUCGAGGGCCUGUCCAGUCUCCAGAGCGCCUCCCUAGAGAGCACCUUUAACACUGUCAAUACCGUUUAUGGUGGUGCUUGCUCGGUGAUGGAGAGUGGCCAAUGUGCUCUGGGAGCUCUCAAGGAGAAGUAUGGAACCGGAAAGAAGCAACCCUGGUAUGGCGCCAUCCGUGCCGCCCACGCCCUUGCUCAAGCCGGUCAAAUGAAGGACUUUAACCGUUUCAUCUGUGAGGCGCCUUGUCGUCGUGAUCCAUUGUUCCAGUGGGGCAUAUCCCAGAUGCUGUUAGAGAUGACGAGCGAUGCCGCCUGGGAUCACGCCACUCAAGAGCACGCCCUUUGUCUUCUCCUUGGACUUCACACUCGUGAUCCUGAAUGGAAUCGAGAUGAGAGCCUCAGAAUCUACCUGUUCAGAACCAUGGGACAGCUCAGCAACCUUGAUGGUGAGGUUUUCAAUGGCAACAAGACUGGUAUUCGCUACCCGAUGAGGAGUCGUCUCCCUCCACCUACAUCGUCACCUCUUCUCGCCCGAGUUCUGGAUAUUCCUGAUGUCGAGUAUGAUCUGCACUUGUUGAGGAUGCAACGGCUUAGGGAGCGCAGUAAGGGCAUUUAUAUUCCUCCGCAGGCGAAGCCGAGUUUGAAAGCGGGCGACGACACCCAGUUUCCGCUCAUGGAGAAAGCCUUGGAGUUCCUGGCCAGCAAUCGCCAAGUUCUGUUGUUGUUGGGGGAUUCUGGUGCUGGAAAGUCGACUUUCACCCUCGAGCUGGAGCACACACUGUGGACGAACUAUAAGAAGUACAGGCCCAUUCCUCUUUACAUUGACCUUCCUACCGUCGACAACCCGGCUCAGGAGCUGAUCGAGAAGCAGCUGCAGUACCACAACUUCAGUGAGGACCAGAUCCGGGAGAUGAAGUUACAUAGGAAGUUCAUUCUCAUCUGCGACGGUUAUGACGAGAGUCAACUCAAGAUCAACAUUCACACCACCAACCAGUUCAACCAGCCCGGACAGUGGAAGGUCAAGAUUGUCAUUAGUUGUCGCACCCAGUACCUCGGACAGGCCUACCGCUACCGCUUUCAGCCGCUACCAGUCGGUCGUUCUGAAACCACUGCGACAGAUCUCUUCCAGGAGGCGGUGGUCGCAGCGUUCACGAGAACCCAGAUCCAGCAGUAUGUCGAGGCGUAUGUCAAGGAGCUGCCUUUACACGAUCUUCUUCAGGACCGGUCGCCUUGGACAGCCCAGGAGUACAUGGAAACGCUGAUCAACAUCCCUCAUCUCAUAGAUCUCGUCUCCAACCCUUUUCUUUUGACCUUGGCUUUGGACGCCCUUCCUUCUGUCGUCGAGGCGAACAAGGAUCUUUCGUCUAUCCGCAUUACGCGCGUGCAGCUCUACGACAGUUUCGUCAAGCGAUGGCUCAAGGUCAACAAGAUGAGACUGGAAAGCAGUCCAUUGAGCGCCCAGGAGCGAAAAGAGUUUGAUCUGCUCCUCGAUGACAACUUUUCUUACCACGGCAUCCACUACCAGAAGGGCCUUUCCAGAGCGAUUUUCAUGGACCAUGCAGGAAACCCGAUCGUCGAGUAUACCCAUCUCCGCGACAAGGACACAUGGAAGACUGAGUUCUUCAGUCCAAGUGGCCAGGCCAAGUUGCUUCGAGAGUCUAGCACGGUCAAGCGGUCCGGCUCUCACUUUCAGUUCCUCCAUCGAUCACUUCUGGAGUAUUUUUAUUCAAGGACUAUUUUCGAUCCUAUGGACUACGACGCUGAUGAGGAGGGUAUGGAGGUGCGAGAACAGGUUUAUGACUUCAGGACCAGCUUGGCUCGAAGAAGUGUUAUCCAGGAGCCUUCAAUCGUGCAGUUUUUGGCGGAGCGAGUGUUACAGGAUCCGUCAUUCCAACAACAACUCCAUGAUGUGAUUGAGGAGUCCAAGUCGGAUGUUGAGGUGGAGUCGAAUCAGGUUGCAGCAGCGAACGCAAUCACGAUUCUCGUUAGGGCUGGUGUGAACUUCCGCGACGCCGAUCUUCGAAAUAUCAAGGUCCCAGGCGCCGAUCUCUCCGACGGGCAGUUCGACUAUGCUCAGUUCCAGGGCGCCAACUUGACGGGCGUCAACCUCGCGCGGAGCUGGAUGAGGCAAGUGGAUAUGAGCGGUGCACAGAUGCAUGGCGUGAGUUUUGGAGAGCUACCCUACCUCGUAGCUGAGGGUGUUACUUCUGGCUGUGGUUAUUCGCCUGACGGAAAGUUGCUUGCCGUCUCUGUGUGGAGUGGGGUCAUUGACGUGUACGAAACAACAACUUGGUCAAAGGUCCGCGAGCUCAGAGGACAUAUGGGUGGGAUCAUCGGCGCUACAUUUUCGGCGGAUAGUCAGCGCAUCGUUUCUGCGGGCGAGGACAAGACAGUCCGGGUGUGGGAGAGUAACUGCGGUGUGGAGGCGGUGUUGGUCUUGGAAGGGCACACCAAGAUUUUGCUCGACGCGUCGUUUUCUCCAUGUGGCAAGAAGGUCGUUUCUUGCAGCUCCGAUAAGACGAUUCGGUUGUGGGAUGCGCAGACAGGAGAGUGUCUUUUGGUUUUGGAGGGACAUACCAGUAUCGUCAGGAGCGUUCGAUUCUCGGCCGAUGGGCGGACUCUCGUCUCUGGGGGUGAUGAUGAGACGAUUCGGUUCUGGAACGCCGAGACUGGGGAGCCGGCCGCCGUUUGGACAUCUCCCGUUGGGGCUGUGAUUUGUCUAGGGUACUCGCCCAAUGGACGAUGGGUUGCUACGGGUCACGACUAUGGCAACGCGUUGCUCUGGGAUAUCGCUAGCGGAGUGCCGAACACCAACCUGUAUGGCCACACCCACCAUCUCACAAGCAUUGUCUUCUCCUCCAGUAGCCAGUGGCUCGCUUCCUCGGCCGUUGAUGGAUUCGUCAGGCUGUGGGAUGUGUCGUCAGGAACGCUCAUCGCUAACUUGAACGGCCACAAAGGCUCUGUCUUAAUGGUUGCCUUUGCUCCGAACGAGCGCCAAAUCGCGUCGGUGGGUACAGACAAGAAAGUUCGCUUGAGGGAUAUCAAUUCGAACGUGUCGAUGUCGUCGGGUCUUGAGGCGGCACAACAGGAUCAACGCGGCAGUAGUGUUGCGCUGGCGUAUGCCCUUGAUGGGGGUGCUAUUUUCACUGUUGACGACGACCAUAUCAUUCGGCGGUGGGAUCGCGAGGCACUGGCAGCUGGAGGUGGAGGAGUAGGAGGAGGAUUGUACGUGUCCGAUAUCUACGCCGACGAUAUUGAGGACAUAUUCUUCCUUUGGUGUGCAGCCUUUUCUCCGGAUCGCCGCCAGAUCGCCGCCAGCGUUGACGAACGUGCUAUCCGAUUGAUGAGUGUGCGACCCGGUCCUGACACUGCACCUGCCGCGCGCUUGAAGGGCCAUCUUCGGCCUGUGACGACUUUGACCUACUCGUCGUGUGGUCGUUGGCUCCUUUCUGCCUGUUCGGAUAAGGCAGCACGGUUGUGGGAUCUGCAAGCCGAUGGUUCGGCGCCGGGGCAAGGGGGACAUGUUCUUGUGCAGCUGGAGGAAAGCGAUUCGGCUACGAUAGAGGCUGUAGCCUUUUCACCCACUGGGCACCAACUUGCGGUUGGGUUCUCUUCUGGCACUGUGUCACUGUUUGAUCCUGUCUCGAAGGCGCUUGUUGUUACGUCCAAGAAGAAGCUACAGGCUGGUAGUCGUUUUAACCGUCAUCUUGUAUUGAAGUACUCUCCGAGCGGGCGCCAACUGGCUAUGGGUACUGCCGCGGGGUUGAUCUACCUCUGGGAUGUUGCUCAGUCGGCGGCGGAAAGGGAAACAGAGAAGGAGGAGCCCGGUGUUUUGGUCCAGCUGUUGGAGAGUCCCCAGGAGAUCAGCGCGCUUGCCUACUCGCCUUGCGGUACCUGGAUCGCCUCUGGCAGCAUUGAUGAGACCGUUCGACUCUGGCAUCGCCAAUCGGAGGAAGAGAACACCUGGUCGUGUGUGUCUGUGGUCCGUGGGUUCUUUGGAUGUAUUCUGGAUGUCGUCUGGAACCCGGUUGUGCCGAUGGAGUUUGCGACGGCUUGCAAGGAUGGGUCUGUUCGCGUUUGGGGCGUGUCGCCGGGAGUUGGUGGUAAAGAUAUGAGUAAGGGGGAAGGGGUUGAUGUUCGGCUCCUGUGGGGCACUGAUGUUGGGAUCUUGUGUGCGGCGGAUAUGAAAUUAAAAGGAGUUGUGGGGCUGGAUUUGACGAACCGUACGCUGUUGGUACAACGCGGUGCUGUUGAGGCUUUGGAGGCGUGA